AGCCGUUACCAUGGCAAAGCUGAUUCUCGUCCUGUUAGCUGUCUUCGUCAGUGUCGCUAUGGCGAACAGACGCACGUGUUUCUGUGAGAUCCGCACCAGUACAGACCGAAGCGACCCCAUCUUCCUUGACGUGGACGACCCGAGCUACAGACACUGGCUCCACCUCACUUGUUCUACAGCCAAGGCCAGGUGCCCGGAUGACUGCAGGAAUUACGCUGCUACCGCUCUGGGGGGAGCUGUCAACCCUCUGAACCACGCCGCUGGAGUCACCGCCUGUAACAAAUUGAGGCGCCAAGUGACCCCGGAUAACCCCGUCCACCUGUACGCCCACUACAAGACCAGUAGCUGCGGCCAUGAGGGUUACCAGUACCUGGGCGAACUGUGCUGCUGGAAGAUCAACUUCGGACCCGGCUACCCCAUACAGUAUCUGCACAACCCAAGUUGCUCGGCUGAUCAGCAUCCUCUAGGUGGUUAAGCCAUUUCAUUGGUUAAAGCAUUGAUCAACCAGCAUCGAUCCUCGCAGCGAGUGAUCCAUUUCAUUGGUUAAAGAGUCGACAAAUCCAUAUCCUCUCAGCUGUUAAGUCAUUUCAUCUGUUUAUCUUCCGUCGUACAAAAUUAAGCUGUCUUUUAUCCUUGUCGGUGGUUACGUAUUUCUGUCACACUCACAGACCGCUUGAAAAUCCUACGUCAGUAACAAGGUGCGACGGGUGCACGUAUUACGAGUGUGACCGUAAGGUACACUUCCGUAAACCAGCAUCCUCUUAGUGGUCGUCUGCAAAUUACUAGAAUUAGACAAAAAUCUGUUUGUUUGUUCAGUUUAUAUCAGUCCAAGCGCAUCCACAACGCACAAAAACGCAGAAAACCAUGUAAUAGAAAUUUUAGAGUUUAAGCUCUUAUGUCAGCUUAAUCUAGAUUCAUCAGGUACUAAAUGUUGGGCAUCUGGUGUUCGCAGAACUUUGGAGGAGUGUGGUUACCCUUUUGUUUGGCAAGCCCGUCAGUCAACAGAUGCAAACGUAUCCCACCUAAUUUCUACUAUCCACCAACGACUGAAGGAUAUUUAUUUCCAGAAUUUUAUAACCAACAUUCAUAAUGAUAAUAAAGGUUUAUGUGCGAAAAACAAACUCCGAACGUACAGACUACUGAAAUACACAUACAAUGAAGAGCAGUAUUUGAAAA